AUGACCAUAGAGCCGCCCUUGGAUACAUCAGACAACGUUUCCCAGAAGAUCGCACAAGUUCCUCUACGUGCAGGUCCUCCAACAAGAGAAGAGCUGCUCUCACACUAUCCAGCCAAGUUCACAUGGGACCAGCUCAAGACCUUUGUGAAUUCCGGGGAUCUUGGGCUGCUGAAGCGUGAUAGGGCACUGCAAAAGAGAUAUAACGCAUGGUCUCCGGGAAUUGUAAAAGAGUAUGGCUCAAUGGUAAACUACCUUAUCAACCACCGUCUCCAAUGGGGCAAGCCAGAUACCCUUUCGCUCUUACCCUCAGCACUCGAUAGUGAUACCAGGCCGAAGGAAGUGUGUAUCUCACACUGUAAAUCCGACCAGCCACUCCCACCGCUCCCCCCAGACGCACCUGAAUACUUCAGAGCCGAUAUCCCUGUCGACUCAGAGCUGAUCAGUAUUAUUCAGAACGACUGGCCUUACUCCGUCCCCAUUGAAAUUGAACACACUCUUAUCUGGUCGCGAGUUCCUAUCUUUCACCCGGCUCUUAUUCCUGCAGAAAUCGAUACACGAAUUCAGCAGGACGGACUAUGUGGAUUUACAGGCAACAACGAGCCUCCACCUUCACCGUCCACCCUGCCGAAAUGUCUGCCUGCAUUGACCGAGUGGGGAAUCACAAUGGAUAAUCUAGUCCGCAGCCCAAAAGGCACUCCAGAGAUUGAAGAGAUGGUGAGGAAUGCUGGGAGGGAAAUAGACGGUUUUGUGAAUCGGAGAUGGGCAGAGAGCGAGUGGGAAACUGCGUGGUUUGUCAAUCCCCCAAGGCUCCAAAGCAUUCGUGGACUAGCGCAUAUACACGUGUUCGCAAAGAAGAAACACUUAUAG